CUUUAUUUCUGCGGUGGCUUCGUGUCGUUCAUUCCUCCCACCACCACUUCCUCAUGCAAGACAGCCGGAUUCGACAGGCUUCGAUGCUUUAUUGACAGUUAGGAAGCUGCCACCAUGGACUUCUCGCGCACCGAGUAUCCGGGUCUUCUGGUAAGACCCGUCUACCGCAUUCCGCAGCCUCCGGUUCACCAAACUAACUCUGUUGCGCCAGACUUCACUGCAACCCGAACAGGCAGUAAACAUCCUCAAUGAUCGUGUUGACCUUAUCAAGAAGAUCAACAUCGAUAUUGCCGACUGGCUUCAGGAACGCCGAAGAGUCGAAGAAGCCUAUGUCGUAGGCCUGCGAAAGCUCGCGCGAAGGCCGCAACAAGAUGGAGCUGCUGCUCUGGGUAUCUUCCAGAUGCCGUGGCAGCGCAUCGUCUCUGGUACAGAGAACCUCGCAGCCUCCCACGAAACUCUCGCCAUGAAGAUCGAGACAGAUGUCGAGACCCCCCUCAGACAGUUUGCGAGCCGUAAUCGGGAGAUGCAGACACUCAGCACAACCCAAGGCAACCUCAACUCUCUGGCCAAGGAGUUGGUGAAUGCGCAGAGAAAAGCAGCAAAGGGUGGUCGGAAGGCGGACAGUGCAAGCUCCACGGUCGAGGAUGCCUCUCGGCAAUGGGAGUCACAGGCACCUUAUGUGUUUGAGCAAUUGCAGGCACUGGAUGAAACACGAGUGAACCAUCUCAGAGACGUCCUCACACAAUUUCAGACGCACGAGGUGGACGCCAUUGAGAAGAACAGGCUCAGUGCGGAAUCUUGUCUGAAUGCUCUUCUCAACAUUGAAACUGCAGAUGAGAUCAAGACAUUUGCAACAAGAGCUAGCAGCACACGCAACAGUCUUCCCAGACGUCGCAGCUCGGCAGCAGCGAGUGCGAGCGCAAGGCCGCCGAGCUCCCAUCUACGACCUCCUCCUACUCCACCUCCUCCCCGUCAUGCAGAUGACAGACAAAGCCAGCGUACUAAUUCCUUUGCUGGCCAGGAUAGAUUGGCCCCUUUGUCUGAUGCUACACCACACAAAGAGAAGAGCAAACUUGGUGGUCUCAAACGACUAGGUACCGUAAUGGGCAGGAGAAAGAGUAUGGUGCCACCGGUACCUUCACAGUCUACCGAAGAGAAACGAAAGACUCGGUCCUUUGUUCCUUUUAGGAGAGGAGACUCGUCGCGAAGCUUCCAGGACCUGGAAGAAACAGGACAGGAUCUGACACCUAGCACCACUCGAGACCAAAGGCCAGUGUCCUCGAUCUCGCGUGACAGGCAUGAUGACUUGCCUUCCGUUCCUCAGCCUGAGCCGCCGUUACCAAUGACAAACGGAGCCGGGGCAUCGCCAGCUCCUUUGGAAACAAUCCAGGACGCGGCACCACUUCAACCAGCCCUGCUUGAUACUGUCAGUACGCCACAAAGCCAAGCUCGCUCUCCAGAAAAGCCUCAACCUCCCAUCCCGGCCUCGAAUCCUUGGGCUCAGGAAUCGCAAGAAGUACCAAUCACCGCACUCGCAAACGAUGAGGCCUCGCGCAACUUCAUGAUACGUGAUAAGCCGAUUCAAGAGGAUGAGAGCGAAGCCCAGAAUGCUCUUUCUACAAUGGCCAACCAGCUACGUACUCAAGCACAGAGCUCAGGCAUUAACCGCGUUCAAGGCAGUGUGAGAGGACGACGAGAUGUUAGGAACACCAUGUAUGUCCCGAGCGGCACCGAACCAUUCGCAGCAAGUCCUUCUAUGCCUCGAACAGGCCCGCCAGUGACUAUUCCUUCUGGAGGCAAUCCUGCCGACAAUAUUGCAUCUCCAAUACAACGACCGCCCCCGGCCGCAAUAAUACAUGAAGACCAUGGUCUAGGCUCUGACACGACCUCUAUCCAUUCUUCUCGUAGUCUAGCUGGGCCUACCCAUCAUGUCGACCUUCAUGAGCCCGGGCUGAACGCUUCAAUCGUGGAGAAUGUGCAUUCUUGGUUCACUGAACAGGGCAUCACCAAGUGUCUUGUACUGGGAGAAGUGGCAUUUGCGUACAACCCUCCGCCUUCGGGUGAGUCUGGCCAGGAGAUUAUCCGUGUGCAGCACUUUGAAUUAUUGGACAAAGUCGCUGCAAAUCCGAUAUUUUUGACUCAGGUUAAGCCAACCGGAGAUGCUCUUGCAGAGGAACAAGCGGGAUCUUACACAGUCGCGACUCCAGCCAUUCGCAGACCGUCUCCGAUGAUUGGCUUGAAAUAUCAACUUCACAUCGAUACUGCCAACCUCGGUCGUUACUGUCCAGUACUUAUCACUCCAGCCUGGCAGGUCAUCCAAGGACAAGUUAGCGUCAUUGUCCUGUAUAGUCUCAAUCCAGUCUUUGGAAAUCAAGCCAUAACCUUGAAAAAUGCACAGAUCACAGUCAACCUGGAUGUUUCAGGGGAAGGCACGGGCAGGCCAGUCUCAGCGAUGAUGUCUCCGACCGAAGGCGCAGUGUUCCGCCGCAAGACGUCAGCCGUGGUAUGGCGACACGCCGACCUUGAGGUCAAGCCUGAGCAACAAAGACUUCUCGUUCGUUUCAUGACUGAAGGAGGCAUGCCGAAGAAAGGAACCAUCGAACUCAAAUUCGAGAUCCCAGGGCGGACUGCUAGUGGGGUCGGCGUCGAGAAAGUUGUUACUGGGGGUGAAGAGAAGGACAAUGAUCCAUUCGCAGAUGAUACCGCUGGCAGUAGUGCAAGAGGAAGUGGCGAGGAAAAGAGAUGGGAAAGCCUACCCACGAAAACGAAGUUGAUCAGUGGCAGAUAUACUGCCAAUUGAGACUUGUCGGACAGCUUCUGCCUCAAAACCAAAAAGAUUUGGAUGUACAGCAGGACUUCUUGGCUUGGACAAAGCAUCGACCAAACAAAUCGACUUGGUUAGGAACCUGAUCCUGGACAUUAACCGUUAGUAAUUAUGCCGGGUUGCAAUGAUUGUGAAUAGCAUAGAGAGGAACUCGAUAUGAGUGCACCACAGCGAAGGCGUAUUUGCGUCUCUCGACUAGUACAGAUUGCAGACAAUGAUGACUUCAUACUGUUA